UGCUCGUGUGUGUCGUGGACUGUUCCUCAAUUCAUGCACUUCCAGUCUGUGUUGAGUGGGAGCAGCGCACAAGGACCAAGGUGCUCGUGGAUGUGGGACUCUUUACACCGCAAUUCCAACACAAAUGGAUAUUACCGUUGCCUUCUUGUACCUUUUUCUUUUUUCCAAACCAGUUUUGGCUAUCGGGUCAGAUCAAGACUACCAAAUUGAUAUAAUCAAUGAGCUUGACUUGGCGAAUGCCACCUAUGGAAUUACUCAAGUGCCCGGGCUUCACAACAGCAGCAAAGCUUUCGUUUUUCGAGAUGUUGGGAGAGCAAUUCAAGCCCCGGCACACAGCACAGAGAAAGUCAUACAGCUAUUCAGGAGAAAAAGUGAAUUUACCUUUUUGGCCUCCAUCCAACAGAAGUCCUCAACAUCGGGUGUCAUAUUCUCAAUCCAUGAGGCAGAACACAGCUACUUUGAGUUGGAGAGCAGUGGUGUUAGGGAGGAGAUUCGAUACCACUACCGUUUCAAGGGCAAGCCACGUUCUGAGUCCUUCCCCUACCGUCUUGCCGAUGGACAGUGGCACAAAAUUGCCCUCACUAUCAGCUCCUCCCACCUACUACUGCACGUCGAUUGUAACAGAAUUUAUGAGCGAGUUAUAGACCCUCCUCAGAUGGAACUCACCCCAGGAAGUGGAGUGUGGCUGGGCCAGCACAGCCACAAGCAUGGACUAUUCAAGGGCAUAAUCCAAGAUGUGAAGUUUGUUUUUGCGCCCAACGGCUACAUCACCCAAUGUCCAAACCUUAAUCGUAGCUGCCCAACCUGCAGUGAUUUCUUGAGUCUAGUGCAAGGCAUUAUGGACCUGCAGGACCUCCUUGCCAAGAUGACACUCAAGUUAAAUUACGCCGAGACCAGACUUACCCAGCUCGAGGGAUGUCACUGUGAGAAGACCUGCAGUGCCAAUGGUUUUGUCUACAAGGAUAAAGAGCUGUGGGUGGAGCCGGAAAAUUGCAGGAACUGUGCAUGUAAGAACGGAGUAGUAGAGUGUCGCAGGAUUUUCUGUCCUCCUUCAAAUUGCUCAGAAGAAUCAUUACCAGUGCAUGUGGAUGGGACUUGCUGUAAGAAAUGCAGACCGAAAUGCAGUUACAUGGGGCAGGUGUUUUCUGAGGGUCAACGAUUUUUAUCCAGGAGUUGCAGGGAAUGCAAGAAUGGCCUGAUGGUGAGAGUUUCAGAAACCUGUCCAGAGCUCAACUGUUCUGUCAGUGAGCAGAUAUUAAGGGAUGGGAGAUGCUGCAAUGUUUGCCAAGGUUAUGACUUCUGCGCCGAGGGAAUCAUCUGUGGGGAAAAUUCUUUUUGUAAAAACCAGGAGACGAAAGCGGUGUGUGAAUGUAAGAGUGGCUAUGCUUCUAUUCACGGAGAUUCUACUUACUGUGAAGAUAUUGAUGAGUGUGCAACGCAGAUGCAUUAUUGCCAGUCCAACACAGUGUGUGUCAACCUGCCCGGCAGCCAUCGGUGUGACUGUUUGCAGGGCUUCACCCGGGUGGAUGAAUACUCCUGUACUGAGCAUGAUGAGUGUGCCAACAGCCAGAACUCCUGUGAUGAGAAUGCCAUCUGCACCAACACUAUUCGAGGACACCUGUGCACCUGCAAGCCAGGCUAUGUUGGAAAUGGUACCAUCUGUAGAGCUUUCUGUGAGGAGGGGUGCCGUAGUGGCGGGACAUGUGUGUCUCCCAACACAUGUGUUUGUCCUUCAGGAUUCACAGGACACUAUUGUGAGACAGAUAUCAACGAGUGUGCGGAGGGCCUGAUUGAGUGUCACAACCAUUCCCGCUGUGUGAACCUCCCUGGCUGGUACCACUGUGAAUGCAGAACUGGUUUCCAUGACAAUGGCUCCUAUCUGCUUGAUGGUAGCUCAUGCAUUGACAUCGAUGAGUGCAGUAUGCAGAAGCACACCUGCUGGAAUGACAGUGAGUGUGUGAAUCUACCAGGAGGCUACGACUGCAUAUGCACGUCAGGUCCAGGUUGCACUGGAGACUGCCCACAGGAAGAUGGCAUCAGAAGGAACAGAGAAGACUGGAAACCCAGUUAUGACUUCUGCACAAUUUGUUCAUGCAAGGAUGGGCAGACGUAUUGUAGAAGAAAACCAUGCGACUGUGGGAACCCAGAGGAGGAUGUGUUCUGCUGUCCCAGUUGUGACAACAGACCCAGCAGCCAGUGUUUGGACCAGAGUGGCCGUACACUCUACCGAAGCGGCGCAUCCUGGCUCUAUGGCUGCCAGCAGUGCCGCUGCAUGGAGGGAGAAGUGGACUGUUGGCCUCUGGUUUGUCCGGUGCUUGUGUGCGAGUACACAGCAGUGGCAGAGGGUGAAUGUUGCCCACGUUGCGUCACAGACCCCUGCCUAGCCGACAGUCUGUCCUAUGACAUCCGACAAACGUGUCCGGACCAUGCGGGCAUCACUCGCCUCAGCGGGGACACAUGGCAGAUGCCCAACUCACCUUGCACCGGCUGCAUGUGUAAAAAUGGAAAUGUCUGCUGUUCAGUGGAUCUCGACUGCCUUCAAAACAACUGAAGUUCUGCUUAAUACCGACCCUGAUACUAACUACCUUUGCCUGACUUCCUCUCUUUUCCCUCUUCAUUAUAUUAUCAAGCCCCUAUUUUUUGACAGACUUUUGCACAUUCUCGUGCAUGACAUUAUAUGCAUCUUAAAUACAAAAUGCACACUGGUUGAGACAUUGAUUUUUUUUUCCCCACCUGUAACUCUGCUGAUGGGACACAGCUGUGCGUAGCUCUGCAGGAGCCUGAGGCCAUAGCUACUCAAUACCCUGUUGUGUGUCUUUGUGAUUUUAGCUUUGCUUCACCACAAAGGUGUUGGCUCUUAUAAAUAGAUGCAAGCUGCAGAAAGCUGUCACCGAGAAUUUUAAGAGCCUGGUAAAGAGGUCAAUGAAAAUUCUUAAAAUGACAUUUUGGGCAAGAAAUCAAAAUGCCUAAAAUUCAAGAUAAAUACAUUCAGCAAUAUUAAAAAUUGCCAUCCUUUGCAUUGUUGGGGGGUGGGGGGGCAGCAGUUAGUUCGAUGUUCAGGAAUAAAGCUUCUCAUGGUAAUUGUCAAACAUAGUUUAACCAUUUCACAGCAAUAUCGAAUGAAGUUCACACACUGACUUUUGCCAUGCAAUACUGUAGCUUCAGCCAGCCCUUAGUUCAAUAAAACCGUGAAAAAGAAGGGACCAAAACACCCAAUUUAUUGACAAAACCAACACUAUAAUUGCAAUUGACCAAAAAAAAUAAAUAAAUAAAAUUUAAAUCCAACCACUACAAUUAUUGGACCUUUCAGUGGCGUUCUUUCGCACUGGUGAUAAAGCUGACUGUCAGAUCACGCCACGUGAUUUCCACAGCGUAUAAGAACAAUGUGAUAAUGUGCUGCAGAACUCUCUUGGCCCACACCAGCAGUAGACUUUGAUUAAGUUACUGGACGUUGUUGUCGGUCAUAUUGCUCUGUCAAUCCCAAGGCUGCUGAGCCAUUCACUGUAUGCCGCACAUGCGAUGACAGCAAGAUAUAAAAAGGGGAAAAAGAGAUAAUUAAAGGCCUGCUCGUCUGGAUAUGAGUAUGCCAGCAGGUCACAGUGUGUCAAAUCUGUUUACAGACAGUCAGGCUCAUUAAGACAGAAUAUGUCAGUGCUCUUUCUGCAACAGUACACAUGUUCAUACCCCCUAUUCAGUCCUGUCCUGUUCUCAAUCAUACUGAUGUUUGUCUCGGGAGGACUUGUUUCCCUUUAGUGUCCCGUUCAUCACACUUUAGGUCCAUUGCUUUUAGAUUUAUUUGCUUUCCCCCCCAAGAGCUAAGAUGGAUGCCUGACACAGUAGUCGGAGUUAUAUGUAAGCAAAGACCUUGAAAUGAAAUAUUUGUCAGAUCUGCUUGAACCAUGCUAUGGAACAUCUGGCUUGUCAGGGUCACAAUUUGGUCAGAUGAAAGCUAUUCUGUAUGCUUGUCUAUGAAGCAGUAUACAACACUUUUCAGAACUGAGUGGAUAUCAUCAAUUUUACUCCUGAUCCUUCAACUCUUGAAGUCACUUGCCAAAACUCAUUUUCACAAUCUUAUGAUAUUCAGUUCAAAGCCGCAUCAAUAAUAUUCUGGCUAUAAAUAUAUACAGAAUUGCAUGUGUAUUCUACAAAGUCCACAACCUCCCUUCCAAUGACCUUGAUGUGUAAGGCGUGUAACACCUGAAGGGUCAUCUUGUGAUAGGCCAUGUCAUUGCACCUCCUGAGGGGAUGUGACAAGCAGAGAGAUCAGCCCCCACUUUGAGUUCUCAGCCACGGUGACCUUGUCUCAUCUAUUCUGUUUGUAUUUUGGAGGAGCUUUUCUGUUUUCCUUUGUUCACGACCGCUUUUGUAAAAUAUGUUCACUGUGCAGUCACCAUACAGUGAUAUUCAUGGUAUCUGUUCUUGUUGAACUUGAACACAGCUGUCGAACGUAGAGAGUCGUAAAAACAUACUGUAAACACUUGUUCUGCUCACACUGUUGAUUUAUUUGAUAUAUAAGGUUAAAAAAGAACUAAUGUUAAAAAAAUAACCUACUGUUAACACAUUGCAAGUCGGUGUGUAAAUGUUUUUACAUACAGACAAAAUGAUGACAUUAUACAGUUUUCUAUUAGUAUUGUGUGUAUGCAUAAUGUGUUCCUUUCAGUAAUACUUUUAUUCCUGUAGGAUUGCUCAUUUUACUGUAAAUAGAAUGUAAAGUGAAUGGGUCUGUAAAGAAAAUACGACUAAUAUGAAUAAUUCUCAUUAAUUAGAGCUUCUUAGGAGUGUUUUGAGUCCAGUAUGAGAAGCAGGUUGUAUAUUGUUUUUAUUGCUAUUUAUUUUUCUAUGUUCGCCUUAACCCUUUUAGUAACUGCCAUGGUUUUUCUCUUCACUGUUUUAGGGCAACUUUCUGGAUUAGACUUGUCAUUGUGUUUGUAUACCGAAAUGCGCAUCAAGUGACUAUUCACUGCACUGACAAACCUAUAAUGGGGAAUAUCUGUACAUGAUAAUGUGAGAAAAUAGAACAAUGUACACAUAAAAAAUGAAAAGAAAAUUGAAAAUUCAGUGUUGUCCAUGAAGAAACAACAAAACAAGCCAUAGUGUUUCUCCAUUUUGUCCAACAUUAAAAAAAAAUAAAAUUAAAUAUUUUUUUUUUUUUUAAAAAGGGGGAAAAAAAGGAGAAGUUUUGUACCUUCUCGAACCUGACAUGAUUCUCCAUGUUUUUUGAUAGACGAACACACUGGAGAAAUUCACUCAGUUUGUUUACUGUACUUGUACUCAAAGGGUUAAGUGUCAUUUGACUUGAAGACUGUGUUGUGAUAAAAGUUUGCUGUAAGACAUUCUCCAGUUAAUAAAUAUUUUAGUUGUUUACUUUA